GUCAUCUAAAAUAUUUCACAAAUCCACACUGUUCGGUCUAGAUAUUAAGAAUUUACUCCUUUAUUAAGGUAAUUUUUUACCAGAACGACUCGCGUGCCGAAGAUUGGAUCCAACUGUUAUAUGAUAUGUUUGCCUGCCAUACAGUCAAGUAGGCCGUCUUUUGUUUACGGAUGUGGCUUUCCCUCAGCGUGUAUGCGGGAAGAGUAAUGUUUCAUCUGACCUGUUGGGGGCAGCAGUGUGUACACUGUACACCUACCGAAAGAAGAGGAGGAGGAAGAAGAAGAUGGUCGCAUGAUGGCGGUCGAUUUGACUCCUCGGUUUCGAAGGUUGAACAGCCAAGCAAGAUAUUUCAGAGAAAAUACACCCCAUGAUUUCUCCAGGCCUUUCGGGGCCACUCAGCUGUGGCAAAACAUCAUCCGCGCCCUGCGGACUCAGGUGGAGGUGCGGCGCCACAGGAAGCACCUCCGCGUUCACGCCGAGUGCUUCAGCGGCUCGGACGCCGUGGACACGGUCCUCAGCUACUUGAUGCAGAACGUCGUGUUCAGCACGAGCGAGGUGUCUCGCCUCAAAGCCGCUCGCCUCUGCCAGGCUCUGAUGGAGGCCAAGGUGUUCGAGCCUGUGGGCACGAAGCUGUUCUGCAGAGACAAGGAGGCGGCCUUCGAGGACAGCGGCGGCAGCCUUUACCGCUUUCUGGAAGAGAAGACCAUAAACGGCGCGGGCGUGAAGGAGGACAGCAGCGAUGCAGAAAACAUGCUGCUGGAAGAGCACGAGCCAAAGAGGAAGAAGCUCUCAAGGCUUAAUGAAAUCAGGACCAUCUCCAACCCUCUGGCUGUGGAGCCAUCAGACAGGAGAGUGGAACGGCUUUUCAGGACCAUCAACCUGCAAACCUCCUUUUCUCCGGUGCGGAACGUAGCGUCCACGGCUUCUAGCUUCCUGUCCAAAGCUGUGGUGGAUGAGGUUUGGAAGCAGCAGACACUGCUGCAGCUGCUGCUGAUCAUAGAGCUGCCGCUGCUGGACUGCGUACUCGCCUCUCCUGAAAGGGUUCGGCCCAGAGCCUGCAGGGCUCCGCUGGCCAACUACGACCUGAUCAUCUCCAACACCUGCCUGGACAGAGACCUGCCUGACGCGCUCAGCCUGCUGCAACUGGAUUCAUGGCUGUCAGCGGCCGCAGACUGCCUGGAGCUGUUUCCAGACCAGCUGAUCGUGGUCACAGGGGAGCAUCUCAGCCAACAUAACGGGAGCGAUGCAGAGCAGACGGCCAACCAGAAGAGACUGCUGUUUGACACUAUUUCCAAGUACUACAACGCCCAGGAGAAAACGGCGCUGAUUUCAAGACGCUACCUGGAUGUACACGUGGCUGUUCUAAAUUUACUGGAUGCCGGGAAGACGCAGGAUGCCAUCAGAGCGUCUCAGCUGUGUUUGCGGCUGCUGGAGACGAGCGCGAGGGAUGAACUGAGGAGACUGCUGGCCUUCAUGGCUGAGGCGGCUCAGCCGGGCGCCUGCCGGCUGCAGAAGCAGGUGGAUAACAGGAGUUUGGUCUGCCGCACGUUUCAGAGAGCUCUUGUCCAGAGUCACGAACUCACUCGGCCCCAGAGCGAAACUCUGGUACUGUUUCUCAUGGACCAUCAUGCUGAACUCUUUAAGACUCCCGCGACCCUUAUUGAAGCGGUAAGAAGAACAUUAAGGACUUUGCAGCAGGGGAAGGACCCUGACUCGGUUGCUACCUUCACUUUCUGCCAGCGUGUAACCCCGCAGGAGUACGAAGAUCAGCGGGAGGCCACCACUCUGGAAAGCCUCAGACAGCUCCUCCGAGACAUUUCAGCCAACAAGAGGAUGGCUGCCAAGGAGAAGAGGAAGCUACUCAAGGAGUUUGAAAAACAUCACCCCGUGGUCUUCCUCCAGCAUUUGUCUAGCUCUUUCUAAAACCUAGCACUGGUGUGAGGUCCAAUAGCAAUAACAUGAAUGCAAACAUCUGAUGUCUGGUGUAAAGAAAGGAAAAUAUUCUCAGCUAAACCUAAGAAGAAGUUAAUUAUAAAUAUUUAAAAUUUAAAUUGGCUUUUAUGGUUGUGAUUUGGCUUUUAUUUUGUAGUUAUGCUAAUGAUGGUGAAAUGGACAUGGUUAGGACCUUCUGUUAAAAUAAAAACCCCAGAUUCUUACCGUGCACCUCUGUACGGUGCACUUUUAUAAAGCAUUUAUAUUUUCACAUAUAUGUUGAGAAAGAACAUUUCUGUUGGGGAUCUUGUGGUUUUGCAUCAAAAGGAGGAAGAAUAGGACUGCACACGUCAAUGAAGUUUGUGGUAUUAUUUUUUUGUUUAAGAAUUUUACAUUAAUUUUAAAUGAAAUGAAAGGGUAGAUCAAUGUGUUAGAAGGAUUGUGACUCAGGGUAACAUUUCAAAUUCUAACUAUAGGACAUUUAGUACUACUAGCUCAAAUGUUUGUAAGUUAUAAUUUCAAACACUACUUGAACUGAUAGAAAAUGUAAUGUGUGUUAUGACUUGGUUAUAAUUGUAGGCUACUAAUUUAACUUCUGGUGAGAUGUGACAAUUGAGUUGUCAUUUGCCAACACUAAAAUCAGAACAGAAUGCACUUUACGAUGUUGAAGCAUGUACCAGUACAUGUAAUAAAAGCUGUUCUCUCAAA